UACCUGUGUUUGUUUUUCAGUUUCUAGGAAAUGAAUAACACAUGUUUGGACAUCAACCCUCAGCUGGAGAAGUAUUACCUUCCAACCAUGUAUGCAAUAGAGUUCCUUUUAGGACUGGUCGGCAACCUUUCUGUGAUAUGGGGCUACUUAUUCUGUCUGAAGGAAUGGAAGUGCAGCAACAUCUACCUUUUCAAUCUUUCCGUCACCGACCUGACUUUCAUUUGCACCCUUCCCAUGCUUGUCGUCUACUAUGCCAAAGGCAACAAGUGGGUUUUUGGUCACCUCAUGUGUACAUUAAAUAGAUACAUCCUACACGCGAACAUGUACAUCAGCAUCUUGUUUCUCACCUGCAUCAGCAUCGAUCGGUACCUGCUGGUGGUGAGUCCAGUGAAGCUUCACCAUUUUCAGAAAAAGUGGAACGCUGUUGUAAUCUGUCUCAGCAUUUGGGUUUUUGUAACACUGGAGUUGGUGCCUCUCUUCAUUUUUAUUGAUGUUCAUGCAAUAGGUAAGAAGUCCUCCUUCCAGUGUUUGGAUUAUGCCAGCUCAGGAAAUCCCUCCCAGAGUCUGAUUUACAGCAUCUGCCUCACAGUUUCUGGUUAUCUCUUACCGCUCUGCGUCAUGUUUUUCUUCUACAUCCAAACUGCACGCAGCCUUAAGAAAAUAAUGCAACAGCGCACCAAGGUUCAGGUGGAAAAGCCGCUUACCUUGGUCAUAUUGGCCAUUGUCAUUUUCUUGAUAUUCUUUACUCCUUAUCACAUAAUGCGCAAUGUUCGUAUUGCUUCCCGAGUGGAGAACAGCACCAUGUCAGAGUGCAGCAAAUUAGCUGUAAAGGCUCUGUACACUAUCACAAGGCCCAUAGCUUUCCUCAACUCCAUUACAAACCCCAUUUUCUACUUCAUGUUGGGGGAUAAGUUCAGGGAGCAGUUUUUCAGCAGGCUGAGAAGCAUCUUCUUAAGAAAGCCUGAGGUAACCAAUCAGAAAGAGGAAGGUUUCAACAGGUCAACUGGGUUAAACAAAUGCUGAGACCUGAUAAUUCUGUAAAUAAGUCAAAUAAUUCAUAAAUCUCUCCAUUACAGUGGUUUCCCCACUUCAUGUUUGGGAGUGAUGCUUUGAUGUGUCAAAAGUUGUCUUUGAUUUGUCAAAAGUUGUCUUUGAUGUGUCAAACAUUGUGUUGCUGUUGUAUCAGGAUGGCAGAAGACAAAUGUGAUUUUUAAUUGAUUUUAGAUUAUUUUUUCCCCUGUAUUCAUUCCUGUACUGCUAUUCAUUAACAUUUAAAAAUAAUUGCAGCUCGAAGCUGUAAAUGGUAAGAAUGUUUAAAUAUGAUAAUAGCAUCCACAGCAUUGCUAUAACAUUAUGAUAUGUGUAGUUAAAUUAUGCCUGUAUAGCUUUGGACGAUUACUGUGUGCAUUAUGACAUUCCUUCCUCUCCACGUGGAAGUCACAGCUUUAGCUGUGAAAAAGGUCAGGAAUGUUGAAAGCAAGAAAUGCAGCCUUGGACUCAGGAUUGCAAAUACAACUUGGCUACCAGCUCAAAUGCAAGAGAUCUUAUUCAUCUCAUCAGCACAUCACCAUCGUGUAUUCCUUAAAACUGUGCCCAAAAUUGUGGAAAUACUCAAUGAUUUUCAAUGUUAUGAUCAAUGCAUUGAGAAAGUCGAACUCAUGUUUAAAGUGGAAUCAUUUUGCAAUGAUUUGAAAAUUACCCUUCAUCAGUUUGACACAUGGAGGACUGUCUUUCUAAGCAUAAUGUAAUUGCUGUCACAAACAGUAAAAACUGAUGAAGAAUCGUCCAGGUUCGAAACGUUAGUUUCUUGUCUCUCCACAAAUGCUGCCUGACCCACUGUGAUUUCAAGCGCUGUUUGUUUUCAAUAAAAGCACCAGGUCAUUUUAAGAA